AGAGUGUGAAUAUAGCCAUUUCGCCGUGGCUUAGCGUGCUGUGAUUACACGAUACUUUGUUUCAGUAUUUUAUUGGAAAAUUUUACAGUUAACUUCUGUGAAAAUGCUUGCAGUUUUUCACAGUAUAAAUUCUGUCAUUUUUCCACUCUGCCUCAAGCUGACAAAUAAUGUGAUACAGCAACAACACAAUAUGCGGUAAUAAAAAACGAACGAGGCUUGGGCACGAGCGCUAUACGCCGAUCUUGGCGCCCAUUUUCAUUAGCGGGCUGCCAUCGCUCAAGCGCAAACGGAUUCAGGACACGCUUCCUCGUGCAUUCGUGACACACAUUGGGUGUGCUUCAAGGUUCUUUUCCUCCGUUACAUUUUUAAUGUUAGAAAUUCUUUGGUGCUCUUAUUGCAUGUAAAGUCUUUCUACUGUGCACGAAACAUCUUGGUGAGUAUGGAACGUCUACAAACGACUCUAAGAUGUCGAAGCGAGAGAAGCAAAGAAGAAGAAAACGACAUCCCAAACAGUAAAGUAGUUCUGAAGACAAUUGAAAACAUAAUCAAGGAAGUACUGCUCAGCUUGUCAAGAGGAGAGGCACCUCAGCUCCGUAUGCAUAAUAGGCUUCAAUGGGCCAAUAACAGGUUUCAUGAUUCCACCAUCCUCCAAAAGGCAGAGGACUGCUCUUUCAUCACAAUUAAAAGCAAUUCUUCUGCAUCUGUUACAAGAUUUGCUUUAAUUUUGAAGAUGCUAUCUGUAAUCUAUAAACUUGUUCAAAGCAAUACAUAUGCUACUAAAAGGGAUAUAUUCUACUGCAACAAGGGAUUGUUUGGAACUCAGAGAACAGUGGAUAAGAUUAUUGAUGAUAUCUGUUGUAUGCUACUGAUUCCACGCCUAAGUCUUCACGUGCUUGCAACCUCCAAAGGACUAAUUGCUGGGAAUUUAUGCUAUACAGAAGAAGAUGGAACCAGAGUUAAUUGUGCAUCAAAUUCAAUGGCAGUCCUGGUGCCAUCUAGUGUUCAAGGAAUUAAAUAUAUAUCCUCCUCUGCUCAAUAUUUACUGAUCGUGGAAAAGGAUGCUACUUUUCAGAGACUCUUGGAUGAUAACUUUCUUGGAGAAUCGGCUCACUGUAUUAUAAUUACAGGAAAAGGAUUUCCUGACCUAAACACUCGUCUGAUGGUUAGAAAACUUUGGGAAUUCCUACAGAUUCCAGUGUUUGCACUUGUUGAUGCAGACCCUUAUGGCAUUGAAAUUAUUUGUAUUUACAAGUAUGGAUCUAUGUCCAUGUCAUUUCAAGGUCAUCGUCUUACUGUUCCAUCUAUUAUGUGGUUGGGCCUUCUUCCAUCAGAUCUUGAAAGACUUAUCAUACCAAAAGAUGCCUUAAUCCCACUUACAAAGACCGAUUACAACAAACUUGCCAGUAUGCAGAAGAGCCCCUACAUUAUGAGCCAGCCACUUUGGCAAAGAGAGAUUGAUAUAAUAAGAAAUGGUAAGAUGAAGGCAGAAAUUCAGUCCCUGACAGCUUUAGCACCAGAUUAUCUUACCAGAGUCUAUCUUCCUAACAAACUACACUUUGGAGGAUGGAUUUGAUCUGCUGCCAUUACUUUUUGUGUACUAAGGUCAUAAAAUAAUUACAUUCUUAUUGUCUUAAAUUUUGCAACAGAAUUGUUAAUGAUGUUCAAAUAGAGAGCUUUUUGUUUUAAAUUAAAAUCGCUACAUUUUUGCAAUUAAUAAGAGCAGAAAAUUUUUUUAAUACCUUUAAAGUAAGCUAAGAACCCACCUGGGUUUCUUUAGUGUUAACAAAACUUUCAAAUACAGUAUAUUUUCUUUAUAUUCUGUACUGCAUAAUUUAAGAAUUCUAGGUUUAUUAGUGCUCCCCCAAGCUAGUUUUGAGAAACUGGUACAAAUGUAGUAAUUACUGUAUUGCUGACAGUGAUAAGACCACUAAAAGUGAAGAAAAUAAAUUUUUUUGACUGUUGUUCCUGCUGUACCACCCUUUUUUUCAUACAGCAAAAAUAUAAUGUUCAUGUUCCUCAACUGAAGUCUAUUUAAGUCUCAUUGAUACCUUGUCCAUUUCUAUUGCAAACAUAUUGUACUUUCAUGGACAGGUCCUUUACACCAAUGCUAACUUUAAAU